AUGGUGAUUGUGGGUGAUGGUGAAAGCAUAAUUCCAGAGAAGAUUGGUAACUUACGAAAGUUGCAGGAAUUACAAUUGGAGAACAAUCACAUCGUGGGUUCAAUACCGCUCAGCAUAUCCAACUUAUCAUCACUGACGAGGCUUAAUUUCAACACCAACAAUUUAUCAGGUGUAAUACCCAGAGAGAUUGGGAAUCUUCAUAAAUUGGAGAUACUUUAUUUGCAAUUUAACAAGUUAAGUGGUUCCAUACCGGAAGUGCUCCUCAAUAUCUCUGCGCUAAGAGGGGUGUCACUUGCAUACAAUAACCUUUCGGGUAGUCUUCCAUCUGCUUCAGGAUACUGGGGAACAAAUCUACUGCUUUUGAAUCUUGGUGAAAACAACUUUGGUGGAGUUAUACCCGCCUCAAUCUCCAAUUCAUCAAAUCUAAAGGACUUAUUGCUUAAUGAUAACAAAUUCAGUGGCCAAAUUCCUAACUCAUUGAGGGAUUUGAGGCAUCUUGAAUAUCUGGAGUUAUUCAAUAAUAACUUAUCACUUCCGCAUCUAAGUAUCUUUGCUUCUUUGACGAACUGCAGAAAUUUAACAAGUAUAUGGUUUGCGGAUAAUCCUCUGAAUGGUGUUCUCCCGGAUUCCAUUGGCAAUCUCUCCACUUCUAUGGAAAUAUUUGAUCUAUCUCGUUCUGAAAUUAGGGGUCAGAUACCAUUAGGGAUUGGGAAUUUAAGUAACUUAAACACUUUGUUCCUAUCCGGCAAUGACUUGACUGGAUCAGUACCAGCAACAUUAUGUGAUUUACACAUUCUUCAAGGGUUACGUCUUGAUAAUAAUAGAUUAAGUGAACCCUUGCCAGAGUGCCUUUGCAAAUUGACGGAGUUGGUCUUCGUUAAUUUGUCAUAUAAUCACAUUUCGGGUACGAUACCAUCUUGCAUUGGCAACGUUACCUCUUUGAGAAAUAUUUAUCUAAAUUCAAAUAGGCUCACCAACAUAUCCAUGAGUCUAUGGAGCCUCAAAGAUCUUUUGGUGCUUCACUUGUCAAAUAAUUCUUUGGUCGGUUCUAUACCUCCAGAUUUUAGAAAUUUGAAUGCCAUAACAUCCAUAGAUCUGUCCCAGAAUCACCUAUCAGGAAGUAUUCCCUCCACAAUUGGAGACUUGCAGAAUCUACUUUAUCUUUCUUUGGCUUAUAAUGAGUUACAAGGAUCUAUUCCGGAGUCACUGGGGAAAAUGAUAAGUUUGGAAUUGGUGAAUCUAUCCAAUAAUAUUCUUUCAGGUACGAUCCCAAAAUCAUUAGAGUCACUUCGAUAUCUGAAGGAUUUCAAUGUAUCAUUCAAUAGAUUAGAAGGUGAAAUCCCAAGUAAAGGACCUUUUCUCAACUUCACCUCUCAAUCUUUUAUGGGAAAUGAAGAGUUAUGUGGCGGUUUGCUUUUCCGACCUUGUAUGACUUUUCAUCAUUCAAGGAGAAGCAAACUGCUUCUUAUUAUACUUGCCUCACUGGGAGCUGCAGUAAUGGUAUUUGGCUCAAUUGCUGUGUUUAUGUUAAGGAGACGUGGGAAUAGAAAUGCUCCAACUCAAGCCGAAUCCUUUCCUGCAACAACACUAACCAGGAUUUCAUAUAUUGAAAUUGAAAGGGCAACUCAAGGGUUUGACCAAUGCAACUUGCUAGGCUCUGGAGGUUUUGGCUCUGUUUACAAGGGCAUCUUUGCAAAUGGGAUGACUUUGGCAAUCAAAGUGUUUAAUUUACAGGUUGAAGGUGCAUUGAAGAGUUUUGAUGUUGAAUGUGAAGUUUUACGCAACCUUCGUCAUAGAAAUCUUACCAAAGUUAUCAGCAGUUGUACUAACUUGGAUUUUAAAGCAUUACUUCUUGAGUAUAUGCCCAAUGGAAGCCUAGAGCUGUGGUUACAUUCUGAUGAUCGCUUCUUAAAUAUGAUCCAAAGAUUAGACAUAAUGAUCGAUGUUGCAUAUGCUUUGGAAUAUCUCCACCAUGGUUAUGAAACAGUUGUUGUACAUAGUGACCUGAAGCCUAGCAACGUCUUGCUUGAUGAAAAGUUGGUCGGACAUUUGAGUGACUUUGGCCUGACCAAGUUAUUAGGAGAAGGGGAAUCAAUUGCUCAUACUAAAACACUUGCCACGAUGGGAUACAUUGCACCAGGUAACUUUCUUUUAGUCCUUUAUUAUCGCAUAUGA